CAACCAGAACGACUACAACUCUCUGCGGACAUAAAAUGCCUGAAAUGCCAUACCGUGUGGAAUUUUUAGUACGGCACUAUACUGGGGAUAUUCUUUAUCUUUGAUAAUAAUUAAAUCCAGACCGAAAAAGCGUCAGUUCAAAUAACCACUUAGACUUCGUUUCUUUUUUGUAUCAAUGAACGAGCGUCUAUUAAAUUCAAUAGCUGGCCGUUGGAGUGGAAGAAUAAAAUCCAUUGGCAGCAGUAGCGGGAGCUCUGGAGAAUCUCUGCGGGGUGAAGGAGGGCUGUGUCUCUCACAGAGGUCAGGCAAAAUGGUUUCUUCAGAGAUGACCACAGAGCAGAAGUUAGCACAGUGCACCAGACGAGUACAAGACCUCGCUGACAGCGAGCAGUUUGAUGCUUGCAUCCAAGAGACAGUGCGGCUUGUGGCCCUCAGUCGACUAGUGUAUGGAGACGGACACUUUACAAUAGCUCAGGCCUAUGCCAGACUAGCCAAAGCAUACCUAAAGUUCAAAGGAUGGGCGCCUCAGGCCCAUGAGCACGCCUCCAGAGCUCACUCCCUCCUGCCCCUCUCCUUCCCCCCUUCCACCCCCCAGGAGGAGCUGGUUGCCAGGCUAAGCUGCAUACUCAGUAUCUACCAGACCCAGGGAGGAGCAGCCCUGCUCCUGGGAAACCCUGUAGAAGCCGAGUCCUUUUUCAUGAAGGCAGAGGGAAUCUUGGGAGACCUACGGGAGCUGGGAGGGGUCAGUCCAGAGGAACGCACUGAAACUGAGUUUGAAAUUUCCACAAACUUAUCAAGGGUGUAUCAGCGUCAGGGCCGGUCAGAGGAGGCUCUGGCUCGGUGUCAGAGGGUCCUGGAGCUGCAGGAGGAGACAGGUAAAGCAGGCAGGACCUGCUCCAUCUACAGGGACAUGGCCACCAUCGAGCAGGCCAAGGGAAGACUGGACAAAGCCACUGAGCAUCUCCUUCAGGCUCAUGCCAUUUCCCUGAGUCAGAGCCCAGGGGGGGUGGAGGGGGCACACAUCGCUCACAGCCUGGCUCUAGCCUACUCCAUUGCAGCAGAGCCCAACCACAAUGAUUCAGCUGCACAUUACUUUGAGGAGAGUCUGAGUGCGUACAGGAGUGUGGUGGGUCCAGAGGAUGCAACGACGCUUGCAGUGCUGGAUGACUACAGCCGCUUCCUCCUCCAAACUGGCCAACAGGAAAGGAGUGUUGCGCUGCAGCGCGAGUCUCUGGCCCUGAAGAGGAACACCUUUGGGGACCUGAGCACUGAGGUGGCCGAGACGCUGCAGCUGAUUGGUGGAGUGGAGAUGACUCAGGGACAGAUGAAACAGGCCCACAGAACCAUGAGCAAGUGUCUUGAGGUUCAGAUUGCACUGUACGGACCCCGGCAUAAGAUGACCAGAGCUACUCAAAGAACUGUGGAUAUGUUGACUCAGGCACCAGCCGUUUCUGCCAUGCAUAAAAGAGAGGGCAACCUACAGACAAGGCCUCCAUUUUGUGCUGUUGUACCAUCCCCAACAGCAAAAGGGAUAAAUCCCAACAUGUCAGACUUUUAACAGUUCUGCCUGUUGGUACAGACUGGAUGAAUGGACCCCGAGCUGUCAGGGGAUAGCAAUCACCGUCCUCCAAUGCCAGAAGAAAUUAAGGCCAUUGGAACCGGACCAAGACAAUACUUCUGACGGGCCAUACAAUCUCGCCUGACUCUUUGUUCACUCUUUCAGGGGCAUUUGUGAAACUGUUGGUUAGGCAACUGAAACAGUACCACUAUGAAUCUGAGGUGGCAACCAUCUCUAAUGUUCGUGUAGGGGUCUCUUUUUCUCAUGCAUGCCAUUAUUGCCUUUUACACAAUUACACCAAAAUAAAAGACACAGACUCCUGAAUGCGCUAAAA